GAGUGCGAAAACUAACAGCAGACAGCACUAACAGCACUUCCUCCAUCAGCGCGUGUACUCCUCAUCUCCGUCCAGCGAUUCUCGCCGCUCGUUUCCCGACGCGUGUAGUAUUGUAUGGAAACCGAGUUCCCGGUGCGCGCACAUGAGACGCGCCGCCCGCGCAGCGUAUCCAUCAGCAGUAAAUGACGUACCAAGGCAGCACAGCGCGCUUUACAUCCACAGUAGUACGGCGUAACUCGCGUUCAACAUAGAUGGAGCCGCAUCAUCUCAGGACUUCAGAGUGAUAUUUACAGCGUUGUUUGUGUUUUUCUCCGCGUAAAAUGAGUGAAGGAGAGAUCAUCUGUCAGGGCUGGCUCAGAAAGUCUCCACCCGAGAAGAAACUGAGGAGAUAUGCUUGGAAAAAGCGCUGGUUUAUCCUCCGCAGUGGACGGAUGAGCGGGGAUCCAGAUGUGCUAGAGUACUACAAGAGCGACCAUGCCAAAAAGCCCAUUCGUAUUAUAGACCUGCACUGCUGUGAGCAGGUGGACGCAGGCCUGACCUUCAAACGCAAGGAGUUUCAGGACAGCUUUGUGUUUGACAUCAAGACGGCGGAGAGGACGUUCUACCUGGUCGCAGAAACUGAAGAGGAGAUGAGCCGCUGGGUGCGUUCGAUCUGUCAACUUUGUGGAUUCAACCAGUCUGAAGAAAACCACCACGAUGAGAGGACGUCCAACACCCACGUUUCACGCUCUUUGACUAAUGACCUGGGUGGCUCUUUGGUCCCUCUGAUUGGUGAACGUAAGACUUCAGUACCCACCAACUCCAGCCAGCCAAUGCUGUUCACGUUCGACACACCUGUACGGCACUCUCACAGUACCCUGUCCAACAGCGCUCCACAGGACUACCUCCUGCUACAUCAGUGCAUGAGCCGAAAGAGCGAGAGUACACGGAGUGCCAGUUUCUCACAAGCCUCUCGCAGCAGUCUGUUAGUGGGCAGCGACUCUGCGGUUCAGAGACUUACUCAUGGCUUCUCUCACUGUUUGAAUGGCAUGGGGGGGCAACUUCACGGUUUUUAUAGCCUGCCCAAACCUGGAAAACUUCAGCAGCUCUCAUCACGGACCGAUUCUCAGGAUGCCUGCUACGUCCUGCCCAGAGGUUACAGCUCCGAAGAGCAAUCAGAGCUCGACUCGGAGGACGUCUACAUCUAUAAGACCCCCAGUAACACUCUAGCGGCCCCACUUGCCGCUGAGCAGAGGGCCCUCGAUAACUACGAUUUACCCAGCGUUCCCGGCUCCGUCUACCAGAUCCCCCGCACCUUUGACAAGAACCACAAUGCACUGCUGCCGUCCAGCGGUGACUCCACGAGCGCACCCCCACCCAGGCCACCCAAACCCAGUCAAGGCUCAGAGACGCGAUGGGGCAGCCCACUGUCCACAGGAGCCCAAAAUGGCGAUGUAGCGACAGUAUCAGUGAUUCCCAGGAGAAACACGCUGCCAGCUGUGGAGAACGUCAAACUCCAUAGAGGUUCCUCCUUUGAGACGGGCAGUCACCAACGACCGGUCUACUUUAACAACUCUGGACAGUCAGUGGAGUCUGUCAAUGAUGGCUAUAGCUCAUAUUUGAGAACUAAAGUCCCAUUGACCCGUUCUGACAGUGCCGGUUCUGAUGAUAACUACGUACCCAUGAAUCCUGGCUCAUCAUCUUCCCCUCUCAGCGCUGCCCUGGCUGACAGUCCAAAAAAUAAUUAUAUUCCCAUGAGCCCAGGUCCUCACCAUUUUGAUUUCCCAGGAUUCUCAGCAACUCUACCGGCCAGGAAGGGCAGUACGGCAUCGCUGUGUCUCCGACCGGGACGUCUCAGCGACGUCACACCGCCGCCAAUCAAUCGCAACCUUAAACCCAGGACAGCAAAACCAACACCUCUUGACUUGAGGAACAACGGCAUCAUUGAUGAGCUUCCCUUCAAGAGUCCCGUCACCAUGUCCUGGACCAGACCCAUGCCCAUCAUGAACUCCAUGUCUUCACAACACUGUCGCCCAAUUUCCACCCAGAGCAUCACCAGUACAGAUUCAGCAGACAGUGAGGAGAACUAUGUGGCAAUGCAAAACCCAGCGUCUACCUCCCCGGCGAUGAGUGGUACCAACAGCCCUGCACCUAGAAACUGUGGAAAUGUGGACUAUUUGGCCCUGGACUUUCAGCCUAAUUCGCCAGGUCCACACAGAAAGCCAUCCACCUCUUCAGUGACCUCAGAUGAAAAAGUGGACUACGUCCAGGUGGACAAAGAGAAGACGCAGGCUCUUCAGAACACCAUGCAGGAGUGGACCGACGUGCGACAGUCGAGCGAGCCUGCCAAAGCCAUCAAAUCUUGAUGAACUGAACGCUCCUCAAACACUGGAAAAAAUUCAACACGUUGUGUUCAUCCCCGUUACCCACAAUGCCCUCAUCCUGUUACACCGUGAUUUAAAGAAGAUUCAUAUCUGGGACAGAACACUGAACGAGAUGGACAAACUAAAGCCAUAGAUCCCAUUUAUUUGCUCUUUCAAAGACACGAACGCAGCUGAUGCUUCAGGACUGUCAUGCAGCGCAUGUUAGAUGCAUCCUCAACUUUUUAAACUUAGCUGCUUGCUCUCUUUGAAUGUGAGCUUAAGCAGCAAAUCUGAAAUGGUUUACUUGUGUGAUCUGUUCGUCUCUCAUCGAAGCUGUUACAUUCGUGCUGGUUUGUCUAUUAAUUCAAAGAGAGGUAAAGUCAAACAUCCGGGUCUAUUCGAUUUAAGGUUCAGCAUGAAUUAAUACCAGGUUUAAAGGUCAAAGGUUUCAGAUUAUGGGUCAUUAAAACUGGAAAGAAAUUUUUCAAUUUCAACUUUUUAAUUGAACGAUCUCUUAGUUUAAUAAAGAAUAAAAUAAACACAUUUGAACUAAAAUAAAAUCAGAAAUGACCUAUAUAAACUAAAUUCCUGGUCUUGUCAUGCAUGAUUCAUCGGUGCGUAUAUUCCGAAUGAUAAUACAAAAAGGAGGUUGUCUUCUAAAAUUGAAUCAAAAGGUAGCUCCGCCUCUAAAACAACUUCCCCUUGGCUGACAUCACCAAGCCCCACCCUGCAGUUUAUGUCUUAUUAAAUAUUUCUUUUCACACUUUGAAGUACAUUUUUGAAGGUCGUGUAUUGUUAACAUUAAGGUGAAAUGUCCUAGGAAAUGUUAACACAUAAAACUCUUUGAUUGGAAAAAAUAAACACCAAAGUUCAUUUUUGAUAUUAGCUAAACACCACAAUACUGGGCAUUUUUUUUAACUUUGCAUGCAGUAUGAAUGUUUAUAAUGUGACUAUAUGAAAUGAAUCGGAGUCAUCCGUGUAAUGUUUCUUCAACCUAAAUGCUUCAAGUUUAACCGUUCAGUUAUACAGUACAACAAAAACGAAAAAGCAUAUGCAAAAACUCAAUAAAUAAUCAAUUAAUAUAAUAAAACAACACUUUUGCCAAUAUUUUUAAUCGCUGCCAGCAGUGUUGGGGGUAACGCAUUACAUUAAUAAUAUUACUUUUCUGAAGUAACGAGUAAAGUAAUGCAUUACUUUUUAAAUGUACACAUUCAUAUUUGAGUUACUUUUUCAAAAAGUUUAGUUUAAUUAAUUUGAUUAAAAAGUAUGCACUGAAUUAAACUAAAUGUAUGCACUCUCUGCGCCUGUGUGGGAACAGUUUGAGUCAGAAACAGAGAUGGCAGGACAGAGCUCAACAUUUUUGUGAUGAAAUAUGCAAUUUCUGAAUGCAGAACUUUUCAGUCAUUAAAAACAAUUGCAAGGCCUGAAAGAGAUCAAGCCUCAGCCAAGAAAAAGUAUUGCAAAAGUAACUAAAAGUAACGUAAGCAUUACUUUCCAUGAAAAGUAACUAAGUAAUGCAAUUAGUUACUUUUUUUGGGAGUAACUUAAUAUUGUAAUGCAUUACUUUUAAAAGUAACUUUCCCAACACUGCCUGCCAGUUUAAUAUUCAAAAUAUCACUCCAGAUGUGUCACAAAUUGUAUACUUUUGCACUAUUCAACGCCAUUUUGUAGUAUAAUUAGUGUACUGUAAGUAAAAAAAGUGCACUUUAGGUACUUAUAUAAUUCACAACUUCAACCGAAAAUUAAGUCUGUAUCGAUGUACUCAACAGUCCAAUGUACACUUUUACGGAAGAGAGGCGGGGUUGCCAUUUUUUUUUUACCUGCGGAGGCGAUUACACUUUAGGCUGACUGUUACGGAGGUUAUGAGCAGAAAUAGAUAUGGGCUAAAUAGAUAAAACUGACGUAAAAAAAACAAUGUAGAAAGUGAUUUUCAUAUGCAUUUAUCGUCAUUUGCCCUCAUCUGGGAACCAUUAAUACUUAUUUUACAAAAAAAUUAAGUGUUACAUUUUGGACAAUACUUAAAAAAAUUAUUUUUACAGUGCAUGCAUGAAUUAUUUUUUUUUUUUUUAAGUUUAAUCAACUGAAUUUACAAUUCAUUAGUGCUGCAAAUUAUAAAAAUAAAGUUGAAAUAGGUCAAUAAUAAUAAUUUUUUUAAUUUAUAGUAACUCCUCAUUAGCCAAGAAAUUUGAUUAAAAAGUUAAUUGAACCUAAAAAUGUGAGUGCAACAAUAUUUUUUUUUAUAGUGUAGGCGAUUAAGUACAUAGUUUAAGUGCAAAGUAUGUCAUUUGGGACACAUCUAUUAGCAUUUUAUUGCUACAUUUUGCUCUCAGAGCAGUUUUAUUUUAACUCUUUAUUUCAAGUUAACAAAAGGUUUUCAUUUACUAACAGCAACAAAGCUCAUAAAACCAAUGCUGACCUCAUUACCUUUAAACCGGCUGUGUAAUGAAAGUAGCUGUAAACAUCCAUGAAAGGUCAAGAGAGGGUGUGUGAUGCUUAACAAAAAAAAGUGAAGACAACAGUGCCAAUUGUUUCGAAAUGAGUGUGCUGACUAUUUCUUUUUUCAAAAUAUGAAUACCAUAAUAUUACAAAACAAUAAAUGUAUAUAAUAACAUUUAAAUGAUCAGCGCUUGAGUUGGGGUAUAACAAACAUGCAUAUUGAUAUGUAAUGAGACAAGCGCAUUAUUGAUUUUUUAUUACAUUGAGAAGACUCUGUUUCAUUCAGUAUUUUAUGGUGGGCUGGGACCUCCAAAUAUAAUUUUUUUUUUCAGUUUGGGAGACAACUUUUUGCCUUUGAAUUCAUCAUUUCAUAUAAUAAGAAACUGUUUUGUAUUAAUUUAAACUUUACAUGUGAGGUGGUCUGCGCUCACUGUUAAAUAAGCAUUAUGUAUAUUGCUAGACCGAGAUCCUUACAUGUGUUCAGUGGUUUAUUUAAAACAUGCAUUAUAAGACUGCCAUUAUGAUGUUAAAUGUGUGGCUGAAAUGUUUUUUUAAUACUUUUUUUUAUGAUGAAUAUGUAUUGUAAUGGAAGAGUACUUGUAGGUGAAUACUGUAUAAUGCUUGUGUGCAAGCUGUAGUAGAAUCUGUGCUGUCGUUUGUAAGGGGUCUUGUCGAAGCCACGAGAGAAAUGUUGAUCUUUUCUGUAUGCAUUUCUGUUCCGCUCUUGGUUGCUUGUGAAUUAAUUUAUUAAUUUAUUACGUGUUUUGCAGAUGGACGAGAGGAAGAUGUAAAAAGAACGAAUUUGUUGCUCUACUAACAUUAAUUUAUGCUACGUGUCCUGAUUUUGUGAAAGCAAAGCCAGUAAAAUGGUCAAAUGUG